UGGCACAUUUUCUUGUCGGCUCGGCCUUAGUUAUGAGGAGCUCGUGGAUUUUGGUGGCAUUUUUUGUAAUUGCUAGUGUACAGGCAAUUCCUCAACGAACAAAACGCCAAAACUGCGACUGUACACCCGGAGAGGCUCCAAAAUGUGGUUGUCAAGUGAUGCCAACUCCAGAAAUUGGUGGAGGUCAAAUGAUUUGCACGUGCUCGCCGCCGGUACCACCAAAAUGUGUCUGUACGGAGGGAAAUGUUAGAAACAUCAUAACUGGACCAUCCCUCCCAGCUCUCUUCAAGCCAUACAACUGUGUCUCCACAUGUGAAAGUUCCUGCCUCGAAUCCUGCAAUCGACUAAACUUUAACAUGAAGUGCAGCUCAGUGUGUAGUGAAGCUUGUGAGUUCACAUGUGCCAAGCAAGGAACCAGCACUACUCCAACAACGACCCAAGCACCUGCCACAACAGCAAUGGUUCCACUUCCAUCGAACAUUCAAGAAUAUCGAUUUAUUAUUCCUGCUGGAUCCAUGCUGACAAAGCCAACGACUUCCACAUCAGCACCGGUCAUUUUGAGCCAGAAAAUCCAGAUAACUUGCCCAACAGAAUGUCAGCCAGCCUGCAGUUUUGUGUGCACCAAGUUGCGUCCAACUCUGAAAGUGAUCACCCAAAUGUUUGAUUCUAAAACUGAUGAGACCACAUGCAGAACAAGUUGUAGCAGUGCUUGCUUGUCCGUUUGCGCUUCAUCUGGAGUUCCGGGAAACGAAUGCCAAUCGAAUUGCGCGCCAGCAUGUGAAGACACUUGUACUAUUGUGAAGCCCGUCGCCGUUGCCACAACCACUCAAAUUCAAUCGACGUCAUCGAGCGGUGGUCAGUGUGUUUCUGUUUGCAUGCCAGCUUGCACUCAACAAUGCAUGUUUACUGUUCAGAUGCAAAUCGCUUUGUCACAAGCCGUUCCUCAAACAACUGAGAAACCAACUCAAGCCGUGCUCAUUCCAAUUGCACCAGUUUCGAUUGUAGUUUCAGAUCCACCCACCACAACUGCCGCUCCAACUGUCAUUACUCUUGGAACUAUUUGUAGGAACGAGUGCCUUGUCCAAUGUGAGCACCAAUGUCUUCCUAACAAUCCGAACUGUAUGGCAGCUUGCCAAACGACUUGUUACCCAGUAUGCCAAUCGAAAAUGCGUCGUCGCAUGAAAGAAACGAAAAAUCAACGAACUGAAGAUUUUGCUCAUCGUCAGUGAAUAAUCAAUUAUUUAUUUAUUGAUUCGAUUAUUUUGUAUUUAUUUAUGUACCAUCAGUAUUCUAAUGUUUUUGGGAGUAAUUUAAGAUUUUAUGGUAAUUUGCAAUUUGACGAGUUAGUCAAUGUAUGUAGCGAAUAAAACGUAUUGAAUUCAACAA